GCUCACAAUACUGAUGUUUACUUGCUUUAAUUCUUCACAUUGUAAUUAGAGUGCCUCCCCUGGUGAGCUGGGGAUCAGCACCAAGUCUGGGACAUUAAGCUGCUACAUGUCUGCAUUAUGGCAGCCUGCUGAGCUGAGCGCUGGCUACCGCAAUAAAUUGCAUUACCGCAUUCGCGCAUUAUUGCUGCCUGCAAUGCACCUUGCACUGUACAGGUCUACAUAUGGCCACUACCGUUGCAAAGGGCACCAUGAUGGCUAGCGCUAGUCAUAGCACCCCUACUUGUGAGAGGUUUGAUGCGUUUAUCAGGUGUAGUGAUAUAUCAAUGCCUCAUUCAUUAAAGUUGCACCAAGUCUCAGUCCUGGUCCUGAUGCUUAUCCAGGUGCCAGCAUCUCACGUACAAAUUGUAUUUGCAGGACUACUGCCGCUCAAGCUACCAUCAUGGUAGUACCAUGCCGCAUGGUACUACCAUGCGGCAUGUGCUGUAAUCAGCACUGCUUGACAGCCGCAUGCAUUGUGGGUAUUUAGGUCAAAAAUCCGUGCAUCGUCCGCCUCUCUCCCAGUCCCCAUAUCUGGUAGGCUCUGCUCCAUGAUAGACACCUUUCGGGCCUCCUAUCUCGCCAUCUGCUGCCAAAUCCUCCUCCUUGUGGUCUCCGGCUUCAUCACUCGCCUUGUCCUUGUCCUUCUGGCUGAGGAGCUCGAGCAGAUCGGUCUCGGUCUUAUGCUGAAGGUGGGACAGAAAAGCAUCUGGAGCUAUAGACGAAGAACUUUCUUUUUGACCAUCACUUUUUGCAGUAGAGGUAGUAGCUGCAUCAUUGGAAGACAUGCGGUGCUGGGUUUGCAGCGACAACGAUGCAUACCAACCAAUACUAGGAAGUAUGCUUCUGCUUACUAGGGCUGAGAUCGCACUUCUUGUGACGAAGCUCAUUUUGAUCAAGGAAAUGUUCUU